CAUUCGCCAGCUUUCGUGGGUUUUGAUGUCACCUCUAGAUUGGUUUCACUGAAGAUGGAAACACUGGAGUCUGAGCUGACCUGCCCGAUCUGCCUUGAGUUGUUUGAAGACCCCCUUCUCUUGCCCUGCGCCCACAGCCUGUGUUUUAACUGCGCCCACCGCAUCCUGGUGUCUCACUGCUCCACCAGCAAGCCCCUCGAGUCCAUAUCGGCCUUUCAGUGCCCCACCUGUCGUUACGUCAUCACGCUGAAUCACCGCGGCCUGGAGGGCCUUAAGCGCAAUGUGACGCUGCAGAACAUCAUUGACCGCUUUCAAAAGGCCUCCAUCAGCAGCCCUAAUUCUCCCACUGAGAGCCGGCGCCUGCAGCCGCCGCAGCGUCCCUACACCGCCACCAUUAGCGGGACGAUAGCUGGAACGAUUGGCGGCGGGGGGGGUGGAACGAGUGGAAGCAGCGCCCGCAGCAGCCCGGCCACUUCCAGCCACUCCCACCCGCACGCCAACCACACCAACCACACUAAUCACGCCAACCACACCAACGCAAACCACAGCCCGGCUGUCGUUGCGAAAAUGGAUCCACGCAUCAGCUGCCAGUUCUGUGAGCAGGAUCCGCCGCGUGAGGCCGUGAAGACGUGUGUCACAUGUGAGGUGUCGUACUGCGACCGCUGCCUCCGCGCAACGCACCCCAACAAGAAGCCGUUCACCAGCCAUCGCCUGGUGGAGCCGGUGCUGGACACACACCUCCGCGGCCUGACCUGCCUGGAGCACGAGAACGAGAAGGUCAACAUGUACUGCUUGGUGGACGACCAGCUCAUUUGUGCCCUCUGCAAGCUGGUGGGGCGCCACCGGGAGCACCAGGUGUCCUCGCUCACCGAGCGCUUCGAUAAGCUCAAGCCCCUUCCAUUCCCCUCUCCUCCUCUCCAUCACUCAGAGGAACAGCUGAGCUCUUCAUCAAGCAGACGUCAGGCAUCCGUCAGAGUCCAGGCCAGUCUCGGUGUGAUUGAUUUUUGGCCCACCUGCGUCUUUCGUAAUGACCAGCUGGUCAACCGAGCGCCCAUGGAGAGCACGGAUGCAACAGAAGGCCUCUUUGAAAGAGAUCUCUGGCUGCAAACCUUUCAUCUAGUGCUCUACCUGGCCAAGGCAGGCUGCAGGGUACCUCAGCUGUCAGAAGGCAUAGACCAGAGGAGAAAGGAAGGAUGA